AUGCUCCGCAGCCAGACCCUCCCCUGGAGAGCUGCGCUCCACCAAACACCCCGUUCCCUGCUCCGCCGGCCGUUCCUUGCUUCGCCGAGGUACAAUGCCAGCUUCCAAUCGGCCUUGAGCUCGGCGCAAUUUGGUCGCCCCCGUCUGCCGACUCCUCGCACAUUCUCCUCAAGCUCAACUCGACGGAGAGAGAAACCCCCACCAGACAACGAGAAGGACGAGGCCGAACAGAAGGAGGAGGAAGAGACAAAUCAGGAGGAAAAGGAUGCGGAACGUACCCCGGAGUCUCAGAGGGAAGCAACCGGCCCAAAAAGUACGGUAGAGCAAACGGGCUCGACGCGGAGGAAGGACCGAUCACCCAGAGAUAAAGACCAGCGAGUCGCGGAGGCGGCAAAGAAGGAACCCUAUGCCGCCGAUAGCAAAGGCGACUCCAACAAAACUCCAUCACCAAUCCCGCCUAGUGGUUCGUCGGCCGAUUCGAAACCCAGCAGCGCAAGCAGCGGCGGAAACAACGGCAAUGACGACAGCGGGAAGAAGGGCAAAAAAGGUGACAAGGCCCUGCAGAAGCCGGCGGUCCCGGACGUUUAUCCGCAGGUGAUGGCAAUCCCUAUUGCGAAGCGUCCUCUGUUCCCUGGCUUCUACAAGGCGAUCACCAUCCGAGACCCGAACGUCGCCGUUGCGAUCCAGGACAUGAUGAAGCGGGGCCAGCCAUACGUGGGUGCGUUCUUGUUCAAGGAUGACAGUGCCGAUGGCGAUGUGAUCGAGAACUUGGACGAUGUCUACGAUGUCGGUGUAUUUGCCCAGAUCACAGCUGCGUAUCCUCUUCGUGGAGAAAAUCGGGGUGAAACCAAUGGUGUGACAGCUGUUCUCUACCCGCACCGGCGCAUCAAGAUUUCGUCGCUGCUGACGCCCAACGAGACUAACAAGACGGACACGUCUGAAGACAAGACGACUGAGAAGCGAGGUGAUGUGGUGGCCAGCUUUGAGGAAGGGGCCCCUGAGCCAGUACCUAAGGAUCAUUACGAACCUACCUCUUUUCUGCGAAACUACCCAGUGAGCUUGGUGAACGUGGAGAACCUCCUCGAGGAGCCGUAUGACAAGAAGAGUGGCAUCAUUCGUGCAGUGACCAGUGAAAUUGUCAACGUGUGCAGGGAGAUCGCCAAUUUAAACCACCUGUUCCGCGAUCAGAUUUCCGCCUUCUACACGGACCAGUUCCCGGGGAAUUUGCUCGACGAGCCGGGCAAGCUGGCUGAUUUUGCUGCCGCGGUUUCUGCGGGCGAGUUGCAUGAAAUGCAAGAUGUUCUCGAGACAAUGAAGAUCGAAGACCGUCUGCCCAAGGCACUCGUCGUGUUGAAAAAGGAAUUGAUGAACGCACAACUUCAGUCCAAGAUCACGAAGGAUGUGGAAGCCAAGAUCCAGAAACGCCAGCGCGAGUAUUGGUUGAUGGAGCAGAUGAAGGGGAUCAAGAGAGAACUUGGCAUUGAAUCCGACGGCAAAGAUAAGCUGGUGGAGAGGUUUAAGGAGAAGGCAGAGAAGCUCGCAAUGCCAGAGGCCGUCAAGAAGGUCUUCGAUGAAGAGAUCAACAAGUUGGCUCACCUGGAGCCUGCUGCCUCUGAAUUCAAUGUCACCCGCAACUAUCUCGACUGGUUGACCCAGAUUCCCUGGGGCCAGAAGAGCGUUGAGAAUUUCGGCAUCAAGAACGCCGUGACGGUCUUGGAUGAGGAUCACUACGGCUUGAAGGACGUCAAGGAUCGUAUUCUUGAAUUCAUUGCCGUGGGGAAACUGCGAGGAACCGUCGAAGGAAAGAUUCUCUGUCUUGUGGGGCCGCCAGGUGUUGGCAAGACCAGUAUUGGAAAGUCGAUCGCCCGCGCUCUGGACAGGCAAUACUACCGCUUCUCCGUGGGAGGCUUGACGGAUGUCGCAGAGAUCAAGGGUCAUCGCCGGACUUACGUCGGUGCUCUGCCUGGGCGCAUUAUUCAGGCGCUCAAGAAAUGUCAGACCGAGAACCCCCUGAUCUUGAUCGAUGAGGUGGAUAAGAUUGGACGUGGUCACCAGGGUGACCCGUCUUCUGCUUUGCUUGAACUACUUGACCCCGAGCAGAAUUCCUCGUUUUUGGAUCACUACAUGGAUGUCCCCGUGGAUUUGUCCAAGGUUCUCUUUGUCUGCACGGCUAAUGUCACCGACACAAUCCCUCGGCCACUUCUGGACCGGAUGGAAAUCAUUGAACUAUCUGGCUAUGUGGCAGAUGAGAAGAUGGCCAUUGCCCAACGCUAUCUGGCUCCGUCUGCCAGGGAGUUGACCGGCCUGAAGGACGUUGACGUGACUUUGCAAGAUGACGCCAUCGAGGAGCUGAUCAAGUCGUACUGCCGUGAAAGCGGUGUUCGCAACCUGAAGAAGCAAAUCGAGAAAGUGUACCGUAAGGCUGCGUUCAACAUCGUCCAGGAACUGGGCGAGGAUGUAUUAGCAGAGGAAGAUGCCUUGACGGAUGAGGGCAAGGCCGCGCAAGAGGAAGCCAGGGAGCAUGAACCAUCUGAUCCGGCAGAGGCUCCCCUGGAACCCGAGAAGUCUACUACCGAGACCCCUCGACUGGCCCUCAAGGUUCCCGAUUCCGUGCAUCUCAGUAUCGCCAAGGAUACGCUGAAGGACUAUGUCGGCCCGCCCGUCUUUACCGCUGAUCGUCUGUACGACAAGUUCCCUCCGGGUGUGACUAUGGGUCUGGCAUGGACUAGCAUGGGCGGUGCGGCUCUGUACGUCGAAUGUAUUCUGGAGAGCGCGUUGACUUACCAGUCGCGGCCGGGGUUGGAAAUCACGGGCAACCUGCAAAACGUUAUGAAGGAAUCUACUCACAUCGCCUACUCGUUCGCCAAGUCCGUGAUCGCCCAGCAGUUCUCUGAGAACCAGUUCUUUGAGAAGGCGAAAGUCCAUCUGCACUGCCCCGAGGGGGCUGUUCCCAAGGAUGGCCCCUCCGCCGGUAUCACCAUGGCAAGCUCCCUUCUGUCUCUGGCAUUGAACCACCCUCUCGACCCGGCCGUUGCCAUGACCGGAGAAUUGACCGUCACCGGCAAGGUCCUGCGCAUUGGCGGUCUGCGCGAGAAGACAGUGGCUGCCCGCCGGGCUGGUGCGACCAAGGUUAUUUUCCCUGCGGACAACACAUCCGACUGGCUUGAGCUGCCCGAGAACAUCAAGGAGGGCAUCGAGGGCCACCCGGUAAGCUGGUACUCGGAAGUCUUCGACCUGCUGUUUGCCGACCUGGAUAAGGACAAGGCCCGCCAACUUUGGAAGCAGGCGCUGGCCAAGCCUGCGGGCAAGCAGGCAGCCGAGGCGGAGGAGUAA